GACUACUCGUGUAGCCCUCGCUAUGAGCCUGACGGGGGUAGAAGCGACUCUCGAGGCCGAUGGGAGUCGGAUCAGGGUCGGGCGAGAUGGAUACAGGGAUGGUAGAUAUGAGAUAUCGGACCGCGAUGAACAUAGAAACGACAGAUAUGAAAGGUCGGACUGAGACGGAUACAGGGAUGGCAGAUAUGCGAGAUCGGACCGGGAUGGAUGUAGGGACGGAAGAUAUGAAAGGACGGAUCGAGAUGGAUACAGAGGUGGCGGAUAUGAGAGAGGAGAUCGAGACGGGGACCGACGAGACGACUCGUGCGGACGGUAUGACCGCGGGUUAUACACGAGAGAGCAGCGUGACGACUCGCGGGGAUGGUACAACCGAGGAGAUCGACGUGAUGAGUCGCGCGGGCGAUACGACACUGGGGACCGCCGAAACGAUUCACGAGGGCGAUAUGAGCCAGGAGGAUCUGGGGGAGACCGCCGCAAUGAUUUGCGCAGCAGAUGAUCUGGGAGAUGUAUCGAUGUUCCCUAUGAUGAAGGAGAAUGUCGAAGCAGGGAGAGUAAAGCCGAGUAAAGGAAAGGAGUCGGUCAUGAGCCAGAGCAUCAAGAUAACCUUUGAGGGGGAUAUGGCGACCACGCCCAUAAGGGUGGCAGCCACCAAGUCGGCGAGAGGGUCUACAUCGAAGAAGACUGACACGGAUUUCGUGAUGGCGGAGAAGGAUGGACAACGGAUCGAUGAAGAGGAGGUUAUUCUUUCGCCGCGAAAGCGGGGAGUGAAGAAGUUCCUGAUAAAGAGUUCACUGGACGAGAUUGACACGGUCGAGCCACUGAGGCGGGCCCUUCGGCAGCCCAUGCAGUACUCUAUUCUGGAAGACCUGGCGGCAUCGAAGCCGGCACGCGAUGAGUUACUGAUGAUUACGCGGAAGACUCGCAUACCUCUAUCGGAGGAGGCUCAGGGGGCCCCUAAGGCGGAAGCUCCUACCGUAGCAGUAACGGGGACGACUGCCAGAGCGGAUCGUAUGGCGACAGUCCUUCUUGAUUGGAUGGAAGGUGUGCCUCCAGACAAGUUUUACAUACUUGGUAGUGGGUCCGUGGAGACGAUCAUAAGCGAUGGAGCGGUACUAGAUGCUGUGAUCGAUAACGGCAGUGAGGCUGUCAUUAUAGACAAGGAUCUGGCAGUACAGGUUGGACUGGGCCUCGAUAGGUCAUACCUAUUCGAGAUAAAAACUGCUGAUGGGAGAAAGCAACAGAUCACUAGGGUUUGUCACAAGGCAGCCAUAGAGGUCCAAGGGGGACGAGUGACCCUGCCUGUCUUUGCAGUCAAGAACUGCAGCUCUGAUCUGCUCUUGGGACGAACGUGGCUGAGCCACAUGCAUGCGGUGAUGAUAGAGCGACCGGAUCGGAGCCAGACAUUGUCCAUUAAGAAGCUCGAUGGGACGCGGGUUAUGAUUGAGACGGUGGAGCCUCGGGACCCGAGGAACAGAGCAGCUCUCGCAGUGGGAGCAAGACCCAGUGAUCAGAUUAAGUCAUUACCUAUCUCUGGCCGCGCGGUGCGAUUUUGUGAGAAGAAGUAUGGACCACUGCUCACAGAGGAAGAAGGUCGAAUCGUGGAAGUGGAAGAUUUGGGGAGUUGGCUGAUAGUAGACGGCAACUCGAACCCAAAGGAGACAGAUGAAGAAUUUGGCGGGGUGGUAUCUGUGUCUUUUUUAAGGGCACGGCCCCCUAUGGGGGGCUACCCAAGCGACACAAGCGAGUAGCUCAAAAAGUUAAGCCAGCGGCGGUGGGCCGCGAGCGAUCUGCACUGGAAGGGAUAUCGGAAGAAGAGAUCGCCAAGGAAAUCAAAGUAAGAAGGAAAA